AUGAAAAUCUUCUUAAUCUCUCCCUUGUGACAUAUUCUACAUUAACGUUGGUCGGACUGAAACUUUAUAUUGUUAUGAAAUAAUAAUAUUAUAUGUUUAUGCAAUUUAUAUGAAAAUAGCGAAAAAAAACGAUUAAUGUCCGAACUUGUCAUAUCCGAACAUUCACUGUCUCGGAGACAGUCUCGCGAGAUCUCCUGAUGCAGAUUCAAAACGCAGAGCGCGAGAAGUGGGUCAAAAAUGUCAACAAGAAAACGACAAUCCAGGCAAAACAAUGUUGAUGGUGCCGUUGCAUUCUUCAAAAAUGCUAAGACGAAGCAACCAUUUAAGGGAAAAGGCAAUGAGGAGUUAUUGUCUGCGCUAGAGUUGAUUGAAAGCACAGCACAGACUUCCGGCCUUUCAGCUGAACACAUUGAUGCUUUGUUAGAUGUAGCACUUGAUGGAAUUCAAGUUGAGACAGUAUGCAAGCGUCUGUUGAAGUCCCUUAUUCCAUCCGGCUCAGUUCUUCAGAACUCAGCAGUGAAAUGUAUUUCUGCCCUCUGUGUUCAGAAGCAUUCCAUAACACUACAGUGCCUGCUUCUACGAUGGCUCCUGGUGGUUUACGACUACCUAGAAGGCCGGGACCAUCUACACUGCCUGUACGACACAAUCUUCCACUUCUUACACUACAGGACUCUGAUGCCUUAUGUGUGUCAUCUGCUGUAUCUACUGACAAGGAAGGAAGAUAUACGACUGUUCCGAGUACGCCAUCUACUGCAGUACCAGAAAGACAUGGGCACCCAGCCAUACCUGACCGGCCUGCUGUCCAUCUACAGGAGGUAUUACCCUAACAUAAUACAUGUGGUCAACACUCGCUCAUACAAGUCAUUUUUCCCAACCUAUGACCGUAAAUGGAGCGCAGUAGUGCGACAAGUCCAAGAGAAGAACCGUCAACCAGGCGCGGAAACCAAUUGGGAGGUGGCACUUCUGCAGAGGAACUCAACCGGCACUCAGGCUAACGAUCUCGUCCCUUCUCGAAAGCGGAGGAAGAUGGACCCCAUACCCUUGAUUGACUCUCUCACGACAAAAUCCUGCUACAAGAGGGAUCGACAGGGAAAUAUUCUCGGCCUGAAGACCGUGCCAUUUGUGCUCGUACAAUGUUUUAAAGAUCUGCUGGAUAAUAUAGACUCCCUUGAGUUUCCCAGUCAGAUAGGAGCUGUCUUAAAGUCCGAUGCAUUGAAACACAUGAUGUCCUACACAAAGAAUCUCACAGCGGCAACAAGAUUUGAAUUUUGGAUGUCAGAAACAUUGUAUGAAGAGUUGACGUUAACAGACAAAGAGAAAUACCAUGACAGAGUUUCAAAUUUGCUGAAGUUAUUGAAGUUGUUUGGAGACUUUCUCAGGGAAGGCACCCCUACAGUAGAUCUCGUUCUGUCCCAGUACCUACAGAAGUGGAAUGGUCUGGAUUACGCCCCCCAUAUAUUCAAGCUCAUCUCACAGUUUAGACUAGUCUCAUUUGACGCCCUUAAUAUUGCUGUGUUAGAACCUCUGCAGAAGUUGUUCGCCUGCUCAACAGUCUACUUCAAGUGUAAGGUGAUAGUUUGCCUGACUGAGUUGUUGAGGAACCAGGCUGCAUAUGAGUGGCCCCGCUACCGAGAGAGCCCCCAGGGAAACAGAAUAUUGAGUCUAUUCUGUGUCGAGGAGGAGACAUUUUCUCACCGUGAGACGCUAACACAGUUUGUCUCGUGGGUUUGUCGGCUGUCGCUGGCAGGAAGCAUAGAGGAAAAGUUUCAUCCUCUCUAUGAGUUGUGUGUCCUUGAUUUCCUGGAACUGGUAAGCAGUUUACACACCCAUUACGAUCUGCCGUUUGUGGUGUUUGUUGAACCGCGGCUAUAUGAGCGACUAGUCAUCAGUCACAACCCCAUCACCGUGGCCAAGCUGUGCGAAGUGAUAUGCAGGUACAAGGAGAGUUUUAGCAUGUUGAAAAGUCGCGUCCCGAGCACUCUGGAGGAUCAGCAGAUGAUACGGCGGUGUAACCAUAUCAUCCGCACAUUCUGUAACCUGCUAUGGCGGUUCCAGGCUUACUCCACCGAUGACAAGGCGUCUAUAUUCCACAUCAACCCUGCGACGGUUGACGAGAGACUUGGAGGCCAGGCCAUGGGGGAGAGUCUGUCCGUCAUUCGACACCCCGCCCUCCUACCCUUCACCGUGAGAUAUGUGCACAAGUGCCUGAUGGAGGACACCAUCGAUGUCUAUGAUCUCAAGUUCCUGAAGAGAGAUCUCCUCACCCACCUUGAUGAGUACCACCUAGACGCUUUCUCUCAGUUUGUGUCAACAUUUGUACGAUCCCGCCCAUCACAGACUGGUAACCCGCACAAAACACAGAUGAGCUCUCUGUCUGCUGGCGAUAGCCAGGCUUUCGGGUUCUAGACAGAUUUUGCUCGAUCUCGAGGCUAUAACGGGCCAGUACCCUGCAUUAAACACAGAUGAGCUCUCUGUCUGCUGGCGAUAGCCAGGCUUUCGGGUUCUAGAUGGAUUUUGCUCGAUCUCGAGGCCAUUUUGGGCCAGUGCCCUGCAAAAACAAAUGAACUCUCUGUCCAUUGGUGAUAGCCAGGCUUUCAGGAUCUAGAUGGAAUUUGUACAAUCUCGAGGCAAUUACCGCCUGUACCCCGCACGACACACAGAUGAAAUCUCUGUCCACUGGUGAUAGCUAGUCUUUCAGGUUCAAGACAGAUUGUGUACUAUCUCGAGGCUACAACAGGCCAAUACCGAUUACGUAACUCAGAAGACCUCUCUUUCGACUGGUGAUAGAUUUUGUAUGAUAUCUAGGCUAUCACAGGCCAGUACCCUGCUCGAAACACAGGUGAGCUAUCUGUCUGCUACGGAUAGCCAGGCCUUAGGAUUCUACAUGGAUUUUGUACAAUCUCGUGCUACCCAUCUGGUACCCUGCCCUAAACACAGAUGAGCUGUAUGUCUGCUGGUGAUAGCCAGGCCUAUGGAUUCAAGAUGGAUUUUGUAUGAUCUCAUGCUAUCACAGGCUGGUAUCCCCCACAAAACACAAGCUUUUUGACUGCUUGCGAUAGCGCUUAGAGGUAUAGAUGGCACAUUUAUAAAGCUUUAAGUUUGUAAAAUCUGAACCGGUUAACAGCACAAAACACAGAUAAAGUGACUGCUGAAGAGAGCAAGGUUUUUGGAUUAAAUGAAGUGUGUGAACGAUGCUAGCCAGGUCUUUGGAUUCUAGACAGCUUAUUGAGAAUCACGCUUGUAUGAUCUGAACUCUACACACAACAUGCAGAUAAACUGUCAGUCCACUCAUGAUAGCCAUGCUUUUGUGUUUUAGAACAUGAAUCGACUGCUUCACAUAGUCUUCUUUGUCUUUUUCACAAGGAUGGCUGGUCGAUUACAAGGUUUUAAAUAUAUAUAAAUAUCCUAGAUUUAAAAGCCAAGCAUUAUUGGAGAAUGAGACUUUAAGAAUCUAGAUUGUUUUUGAAGACGUUUUAUUGAUAGUGGACUCACUCAGAUCCAAAUGACUUGUGGAUAGUAUAGCAUAGAAAUUUGCUAAUAAAAAACUUUGCCUUUAGAUGCCAAAUGGAUGAUGUAAAUUGUAAAUGCUGAUGUGUUUAAGAAUUGUUUUUUAGAAACAAAAAAAUGAAUUCUGGACUAAUUGUGAAAACAAUUUAGUUAGAUUUGUGAUACAUCUCAUGUAACAUUGUAACUCAGGGAUGUGAUUUGUCCGCGGAAUUCCGCGGAUCUAAUGG